AGGUGACCGAGGGCCACGCCCGUGCGGUGGCGGAGGGCGAGCGGACCCGCACGGCGGAGUCUCUCCAGGCGGCGCGGCAGGAGAUGCGCGCGCUGCAGGCGGAGUUGGACGCCACCGAGCGGAACCGCGCGGAGCUGGCGACGCUGCUGGAGGCGACCGUGGCCUCGGCCGGCGGCGUGAGGGCCAUCGACAGCUCCAGGAGGCAGAACGCGGCCAUCCGGAUACAGUGCGCCUGGCGCGCCUGCCUCGCGCGCCGCCAGCGGGAGGACCUACGCACGAUGGACCCUUACGACGUGAUCGUGUGCUUCGAGUCCCUGAGCACGGUCAUCGACCCCGACAGUUUGCGGAUCAACAUCUUGAGAUGGGCGGGGACGGCCUUCGACAUCUGCGCCUCGCAGCUCUCUGGCGUGCGCAUCGUGGCGCACAUGGGGCUCUUCGACAAAGGCAAGACGUGGCUGAUCAACACGCUCUACGGCAAGAACUUACCGUCGGGCAAGUUGCACGAAACAUCUGGCCUGAGUAUGGUUCCCCCCUACAUGCAUAGUUUGGCAACGCACGAGUGGAUCGCCUCGCAGAGCAAGCCGCCGCAGAGCACCAACUGGACGCAGGCCAACCCGGGGCGGUCAGGGGACGUCAGCGAGGAGAUGCAUUUGAAGCAGUCCGACCGCCGCCAGGACGAGCAGAUCGAGCAGCCACCACUCCAAUGCGACAAGCAGCAAGCGUAA